UUGUAUACGGUUCCCUCAUCUCGUGCAUCACUUGUGCAAUGUAUGUUCCCUUUUACAGCUGUACCUUCAGGUUGUGGUUUAUAUCAUGUUACUCAGAUGUUGGUUAAUAUCUUUCGCAUAGAGUGAAGAGCGAUAUAUGGAAAUACUACAAUAGAUUAAACGAAUAAUAUAUAUUUUUUGUGGUACAUUAUGAGAGAAAAUGUUUCCGGAAGUACAUCUUUCCAUUAGUGAAAAAAAAAAAAUAAUAAUAAUAAUAUUUAUCUUUGUUGUUUCUAACAGUACACCAGCACAGAAAACGAUUCUUACAGUACACGAGUAGUGAAAAUGUUCCUUGCAACACAUCAGUAAAUCGUUCAUACCGUACAAUACUCCCCAGUACUUGGCAUCAAUUUAGGAACCAUUUACCACUCUAAAAGAAUGGCGUGUGCUAACCGAUGUCUCUUUCCCCCCCACAGGGUUUGUUUGCACGCCACCCUGCCCAUCAACACCCUAUCAUCUUCCUGAAAGAUGUUAGCGGGGAUGAGUGCGAGGCGUUGCUUACCUAUAUGUACCGCGGGGAGGUGUCCGUCAGCCAUGAUCAGAUUCAACGCAUCCUCCGCGUCGCAAACUCACUUCAGGUCCGGGGGCUUGCGGACUUGGAGCCAACAAAUUCCCGGCCAUCCUCUCCUGUAGGGGAUCAGGGAGGUCAAUGUGCCUCAUCCUCCCCUUCCCCCAGCACUGGCCCCCCCACCAAAUGUGCCACCCCAAUUAGCGAACCCCACUCCCCCAACCCCCCGCCCUUGGUGAACCCCAAACUGCCGCCCUUGGGAGGCACUUCGACCCACUCCCGGCUGCCCAGUCACCCCAGCGCCCCAGACCCCCCGCCUCCUCGACACCCCUCGGUGGAGGCCUCGGCGUUGGCAGCGGCAGUAGCAGUGGCCACGAGACCCCCAGGCCCCCAGCACCCUCACAUGCCGCCGGAGUACCACCCAUACCCCAUGCUACCCCAUCGGCCGCCAUACGAUCUCUCAUCAGCACCCAGCUCUUCGCUCUUGGCCGUCAGUGAGGCAGAUGUGAACAGAUCGGAAGAACACAAUAAAUGCCAAAGUGCUUUGCCAAGAUCGCCCUACCAGUCGCAGUUGAAAUAUGAGAGCAAUUUGCUGCUGCAGCGUGUGAAGCAAGACUUGGGAGGCAACAGUUGGGAUGCUUCUGUAGCAGUCGGGGAUGUGUCACCACUGUCGUUGAGUGAUGCUCCUCGGCACCCUUACCUCCCCCCUGCAAUCUUCAACUUCCUGGGGCAUGAAGGGCACCCGACUGCAAGUUCCCAACCAUAUGGGGCCCUACAGAGAAUGUUCCCAAUAAGUGACCCUUUACGAAGGCUGGAGAGACUGAAUACACCAGGUAGUGAGACACGCAUUCAUAAGUGUCAGUAUUGUUCACGCAAAUUCAAAAGGAAGGACCAUCUAAAGACUCACAUCAGGAUCCACACAGGAGAAAGACCUUACAAGUGUAAAAUUUGUGGCAGGGGGUUUAUCCAGAGCCAACAGGUGAAAAUCCACAUGAAAGUACAUGUCCGAGAGGAUGUAUCAGGCGUUGGAGCAUCGUCAGGGCUGGGGGCUGGUGGGGGCGGGGGUAGCAGCCUUCCUGCCCUAUACCCAGAUUUGGUAGGACACUAUAGUGACCAGCAGGGCUCAGGUGGCCCCCACAAUGACCCCCACACAGACUUGGAUCAGUCCACGGAAAAUAAUCCCCCGGAGCCCGAUUCGGAAAAUGAGUGCAGUUCGGAGAUGGCUGAAGUGGACUAUGAGAUGCGGCUGCAGCAGCAGGAGGGAGCGAGUGGGGGUCCGGGGCGAACCCCCCCAACAUCCAACCCCUCAUCUGUGGGGCUGCGUGAGCACAAGACCCCGUCCCCACAGUCCCCCCCUGGGGCUGUGUCAAGGAGCCACCCAACUCCCCCAGAUGACCAGAGCUGCAGUGCCAUGUCUCUGAAGGAAUCAUAUCAUAUAGGUAGCAAUAUAAAAAAAUGAUGGCUAAUGUGCUGUGAUGAUAGAGGCUUUAAUUAAGUAACUGUUGGUUAUACUAAUUGUUUUGUUGCCAAUAUGCAUUUCCACACCAUCAGAAAAAAUUCCGGCUUCAAUGUUAAUUCCUUAAAAAGCAUAUCGAUGGCAGGAAUGAUACAAUAGCAACGGCUCAACUGGACAGACAGCUUACCAUUACAACCCCAUGUUCAAUACCAUUUUACUGCAAUAAUACCAUAGUUGGAGUGUUUGCCUAACAGACUUCAUAUAUCCCCAAGCUAUUGUUAUGUCAAUAAUCAAGUGAAAAGUACCAGUGUGUGAUAAAACAUGCACGAAGGUCUGUCAUCUGUUUGUAGGAGGAUUUUUUUUCUACCUAAACUAGGUACUCAAACCUGGACUCGUGCGUGCAAUAUGUAAUUACACUGGAAUGCUGGGAGGUAUGGAGACUUUUGAGGGUAAACUCAGCCCAUGGGUUUUACUCCAUUUUUAAAAAAUUCUUUAUUCCUAUAUUUUCAGUCCUCAUUUCAGUUUUUUUUUUUCUUAUUUUUUGUUUUAGAUAUUUUUGUUAUUAUUAUUAUUUUUGUUUUUAAUUUUUUGGCAAAUGGAAUGCUCCCAAUUUCUUUUACGCCAUAAUUUAUGUGUUGGACAUGCUCAUAGAGUCAUCAAGUGCUUCUCACAGAUAGUUUUUAUAUUGAGAAGACCAAACUCCCCAAGUUUAGAUAACAUACUGUAAGAUUAUUUGUUUAAUCCAGAUGUUUCCAAAUUAGAACUAUCAUAUAGUUUUUCUUUAGUCAAUAGUCAAGAAUUAUGUAUUUAUGUUAUGCUUUCACAGGGUGUGUUGUGUUGCUCACUGGCACUUACAGUUAAUAAACUGUGCCACAAUCGACAAGUAUUAAGACCAAAGACAGUACAAGUUGAUGGCUCAUAAUUUUUUCUGCUCAUGAAGGAAAAAAAGCAUGGGACCAUGUUAAGUGUGCUACUCUGGGCCUUAAUGACAAGUAGAUUUUGUGGCCUGCAGAAAGACUAAAUUCCGCACAGCUCCCAAUCAUGCUUUCUUUUUUCUUUCACAGCUUCAGCCUUGGAUUCACAGUCCAGUAAACUAGGGAUUAUCAUUAGCAGUUGUUAUUAUGGUUACAACCUUUCCACACUCAUUACCUGUUAUUAUACGAAGGGAGUUUGGUUCAUCAGUGAGAUCUCAUAUUAGGGAGUAGAAGAGAUGCGAACCCAGUGCCACCUUUUUGUUGGUUCUUAUAAGUGAUGUUAUAGUACUAGCUAUUUUAAUUUUAAUAAUUAUUUGCCAAGUUAGGAGGAUAGAAAAAAACUUCACCAAAGAAGUUGUAUUUUAAUGUUUGGACUUUCUUAAGGUAAGGCAGGUUCAUCAGUUUUUCUUUUCAUUCCCUUUUCUGCUACAAAGCCAAGUUAGGGGUGAGGCUUAUUUUGUACACUUUUUUCUUUUGUAAGUGAGUGAUGCUUUGAUGGAGGGGCUUGUUUGUUGCUUGUUUUUUUUUUCUUUUUCUUUUCUUUUUCUUUUUUUUUUAUAUGAGGGAAAGGGUGGGUAUGAUCUUAUGGAUUAUAGAGUUAACUUUUGUAUAUGGGAUGUCACGUUUAUAAAUACUGUUAAGCAAAACAAUAUCUUGAAGAAUACAGACCAAAUUACAUAUCAUUACAAUAUAUAUGUGAAUACAUGCUACAUAUCAUACUUCAUAUCCAAAUUGAAAUGCAAGACAUAUCAUAAAAUCUUGUAUCUUUUUUAUAAUUAUCAGUAGUUGCCAUAUCUUUGUUGACAAAUGAUGCCUAUGAUAUGUAUAUGAUACUUCAAACUGGCCUUUGUCAAUAGUGACCCAUUUAAUUAGACUAAGAAAUUUCCUCUUUUAUUCCAUGAUAGGGAGAUAGUUCAAAUGUUUUGUCACAAACCUGUGUUUGUAUCAGUGUGAUACAGUAUACAGUAGGACAUGUUCACCAAACUUAUUAUAAAGACAUACCUGCUAAUGUUGACAUAAAUUAAUCUAGAGAAAGCCCCAUGAGAGUA